GGUUUUGUGAAGUUUUGUGGGCGGAGCGUCAACGACUUGUUGCUAACUUCGCUCUCACAACGAAAAGCUUGUUUUCGAUCACAGCGAAUCGAUAAAGUCGACAAAGAAAAGUGAUUAGCCGCCUGGGAAAAUCGUCAAUUAGCGUAGUGCGCGUUCCAGAGUGCGGGCGAUCCACAGAUCGGCAGUCCGCGCUAAUAGACGCUCGGUUUUGGCCAGUCGGCCGCCACCGGCCAGCCAUUUUGUUUCGUUUGACAGCCAGUCGCGGCAGAAUAACACGAAGAGAAAGUCAGCCAUCCGCCGCGUUUCUGCCCUGGUGCUGCCGUCCGUGGCAAAUUAAGGCCGCCAGAAGCGCUCUCCCCGCGGUUCGACGCAAUACAUGCAUUUGUGAGCGGUCGGCGGCGCGGUAAGUGGGUGUGCGGGUGACGACUAGUAAACGGCCGGCGUCAUCAUGUCGGAAGAGAGCUUCCCAAAAACACUGUACGUGGGCAACCUCGACGGCACCGUGUCCGAGGAUCUGCUCUGCACGCUGUUCGCGCAAAUCGGUCCAGUCAAGGGCUGCAAGAUCAUCCGCGAGCCGGGCAAUGAUCCCUACGCAUUCGUCGAGUUCGCCAACCACCAGUCGGCAUCCACCGCACUGGCGGCGAUGAACAAACGCGUCUUUCUCGACAAAGAAAUGAAGGUAAACUGGGCGACCAGCCCGGGCAACCAGCCGAAGACGGACACGUCCAACCACCAUCACAUCUUCGUCGGCGACCUGUCGCCCGAGAUCGAGACUGACACGCUCCGCGAGGCCUUCGCUCCCUUCGGGGAGAUCUCCAACUGCCGGAUAGUACGCGACCCGCAGACGCUCAAGUCCAAGGGGUACGCAUUCGUCUCGUUCGUGAAGAAAGCCGAAGCGGAGACGGCCAUUCAAGCGAUGAACGGCCAGUGGCUGGGAUCGCGCUCAAUUCGCACCAACUGGUCAACGCGCAAGCCGCCGCCACCGCGCGCCGACAAGCCACAACAACGCAGCAAGCAGCCCACCUACGAGGAGGUAUACAAUCAGACCUCGCCGACCAACAGCACCGUCUACUGCGGCGGCUUCACGAACGGCAUCAGCGAGGACCUCAUGCAGCAAACCUUCGCCCAAUUCGGCGUGAUUCAGGACAUCCGUGUCUUCAAAGACAAAGGAUACGCAUUCAUCCGCUUCUCCAGCAAGGAGUCAGCGACGCACGCCAUUGAAGCGAUACACAACAGCGAGAUCAACGGCCAGGUAGUCAAAUGCUUCUGGGGCAAGGAAAACGGCGGUCCUGCCGGGGAUGGCGCCGCAGGUGCAGCAGCGCCUAGCAUCACACCCGCUCAAGGUCAACAAUACCCGUACGGUUAUGGUCAGUACUGGUAUCCGCAGGGGUAUGCUGCCGCGCAAGGCGGCUACAUGCAGGGCUACUAUCAGUACCCGAACUAUCCAGGACAAUAUUGUGUGGUGCCGCAGGGCCAAUGGGCCGGACAGGGCGCGCAACAGCCCAACACCCAAGUAUUGUAUGCGCCCAUGCAGAAGUACCCCUCACAGUGAGCGCAUUAACAACUUGAGUAACUAUCAAACACACACUCAUCGGUGUUUUGUCUGUUGCAUACGUUUGAUUCGAUAGCUGGUUUAUAAAUUAGCAAUAUAUAAUUAUCAAUAUAAAUGGGAUGAGUUAUCUUGUUUCGCGCGAGAAUGUAUCCGGAAAUCUCGCCGUUUUCUUGUGCAUUUGCGCGCGCAACAUAACAAUAUGACUUAAUUUUCGAAUGCAAAACCAUUGAAGGCUAUAAAUUUUGAAAUUCACUGUAAAUCACGUUCGUGUACGUUUCUCGCUUUAAACUUCUUGCCCAUGGUUUCAGUGUGGAACGUAAACGAGGAUCGAAACUGGGGAUAAUCAACAAUAUAUCAUAUUUAUUGUUAUAAACCUAAAAUAUCGAUAAACCCCACGAAUACUUCGACGAUGCAAAUGAAUAUUUGUUUGCAAUUAAUGCGUUUAUUUUGUUUCGCACGCAUUUUGUCAACUCUUUGAACUCUAGUAUAGUUUGUUCUUCUCUCUUUGAUUAAUGAGAGCGCUGAAACACACACACACACACACACACACUGAAAACGCCGCCGAAAUAAAUUCUUUGACAUUUUCACUCUCAACACACACACACUCACACGCACUUUGCAAGUGCAGCGCGCGCGCAGGAAAAUUGUAAAUAUCUAUUUUAUAUUAUAAAAACGUAUAUUGAAUAGUUGUUUCAUUUUUUUUUAAUGUAAAAUUAGUUAGGAACAAGCUAUACAUUGUGAUACAACCAGUAAUAUUUAAGUUUGUAUUAUAUUGGUUUGAUCACCAGUCAACGAACGAGAGCAGCGCAGGCGGACUGAGAGCGUGAGAUGUGCGAGUUGGUAAUUCUUAAGGCGAUUAGAAAUUAAGAAUUCUGAAAACAGAAACAGGCGCGAAAAUGUAUCGAGUGCUGCGGAACUGCGUGAGUUUCGGCAAACAACAAAACAAACGCACACGACGCUCCUCUUCCCAUUCGAAUGUAUCCCGGCGUCGAGAUGGACACGAUUCGUAGUUGAUAGUUUAGUUUUUUACGUUUUUUAUUGCAACGCCAAUGGGGAGCAUUUCGGGAGGAGCGCCGCGUGCGCGCUAGUGUAAAAAAAAUUACUCUAAACUCGUAGACGAUAUGUAUAUUAAGUAAUUUAGUCUAUAAAAGUUAAAGCAGAAAUACUAAUGCUAAGCGAAAACAGAAAUUGUAACUUAAAAAAGAGCGGCGUUCCCAUUUCUCUGCCCCCACACCCGAUGUGAAGAACAAACGUGAGUCGAAGUGAAGACACAAUAAUAACGAAUUUUCAGCUAAUGACUUAACGAUUUAAAUUAAUUAGUAACGAGCAUGAAAACGAAUGCAGAUGGUCGCGAUGAUAUGUGUGUGUGUCAGUGUACCAUGUCCCUUCCUUUUCGAUGAACGUGUUAAACGGUUGUUCACGCCCGCCCCCAAACCACAUAUGUACUAAAUUCUUGGGGUAAUGCCGAUCGCCGAUUUGUUUGGUGAUCACACUUGCAUCCCACUCCUCCCCCCGAAUCUACUUUAAGUACUAUUUAAGGAUGAACCAUGAGACAUGUGGUCAUAAUGUAUAAGUGAAACGAGGACGAUUUCGAGUGCGACGAUGAUUUUUGUAAUGAAAAUGAUAUACAUUCAUGUAUAUGCUAGUUGUUAAUGAUAAUAAAACUUCAGGUCUGGGAAAA